UCUUCUCUCGCUCGUUGUUUUAAUUCUUGUCGUUUAAUUUCAACCAAUCUUUGCUCUGGUUGAGGCAAAUGAUUAUGCUUAUGUCUUACACAUCCAAUUAUUUUUCCGUCUUGUUCGAAGGUAUAUGCCUUAGCUGAACAUCGUCUGUUACUACAGCGCCAAUAAGUAUCAUAAUGUAGGUAAUUUCGGAGUUCAGAUUUAUUGUAUCGAAAACCUAAAAAUAAAAAAAGCUUUGCGGACAAAUUUUGCGGACAAAUUCCUACCCCGAAAUUUGAAUCGUACUCAAGAUAGCUACCCUAAUUAGAUGAAAAAUAAAAUUCCUUCCUCCUGGACAUCCCUCUUGAUUGACGGAACUCAUUGUCCGUCCUGCGGACACAAUUGUUUGGACUCAAAUGAGGUGUACCGGGAAAAUAGCAAACAGGUAGCUUUAAUUUUAUUGUUAGUAUUAAAAAAGUCAAAUAAAAUUAUAAGAAAACCAGCCCAGACUCAAAAAUCUUAG